AUGCCGUUUGACGAUGACGAGAACCCUCUCCGCGUAGAGGGCGCCUCCUGCGGGGAUGACGCCCUCGAUGCGGAGGACGGCAUGGAGGAGGGCUUGCCUGACUACAAGCUCUUCUCGUCCAUGUUCCAGAAGAAAGGCGUGUCGAGCAAGACGAUCCGCAAGGGCGAAAAGGACUUUGAGUCGCACGGGACCAGAGCGCAAGACGGCGCUCUCGAGGCAAGCCGCAGCGCGCUCGAGGAGGUGCUGGGAUACACUCGGACACACCGGGCCGAGGCCUGGAUCAGAGCUUGGUACUUUCCCGACUGGUGGGCAGAAAAUCCAUCGGCGGUCGAGGAGGGGGCUGGGCACGAUCUACGGCUGCGGGAGAGAGUCGUGGUCGUCGAGCAGGAGAAGGGAAGUUGGAUGAAGGACAUUGGCAGGACCUUCUCGGGAAGCAAGGAGCAUCCUGGCGUCGGACGGCUGUGGCUUCUCCCCGAGGAAGCCCUAUACCUCGUCGAGAGGGGCACGAUUGACCUUUGGUGGCCGGACAGGCCUUUGGAAGAGGUCCUCCCGGUCGAUGGAGGAACAUCGCGGACGGGAUACGGGCACGACGACUACGACGUUGGAUUGCCUCUCAGCCUCGAGGCCGCAUACUGCCUGCUCGUCGGCCACGACGGCGAACAGGGCAAGAUAUCCUUACCCAAGCUGCAAGUCUAUUCCCAUCUCAAGCGCGCCGGCUUUCAUGUCCUGCGCGCGCCAUGGGCGGCGUUGCCCCCCUCUCCGUGCCAGGAGGCGCCAUCAUCAACAUCGGCACCAUUUCAGGGCCUCUGGCAGUGGCUCUUUGCCUUUGUUCGCCAGGGCACGCGGCCACCGGUGGCGAAUCUCUCGGGUCCGCUCGUCGCUCCAGGCAUCUACCGCGCCUACGGGCCCAUCUACCAGCAGCUCGCGAUCCUCCCUCGCCACAGGCCGAAGCCGGCGUGGCCAACGAGCGGACCCUCGGGUAACGAGCAGGAGGAGCCGUUUUGCGUGUUUUUCCACGUCUGGAAGCCGGCCGGCGUCCCCUUCUCCAAGAAGAAGCCACCGGCACCCGACUUCCGCAUCGCCGUGGCCGACACGGACAACUCGCACGUGCCGACUCUCGGCCAGGUGGACACGCUCUUGGCAUCUACGCCAUGGUGCCCGGCGGCGGAGACGAUGCAAGGGCACGGGAGGCUGUAUCAGCGGCUAAAGCACGGGUACAGGAACGUGCUGGUCGCCGUCGUCGACCGGGGUCUCGUGAACUUUAUACGCUUUGCCGAGGGGGCUUUCGGAGAGGAAAGGCUGUUUGAGCGCUUCGACGGGGGCAAGACGCACGUCCCAGCAGACGCCGACGACCCGAGACGGGAGGGAAACGACAUUGGCAACAUCAACCAUAGCUGCAGCAGCGGCAGCGGCAAGGAGAGGCAAGGCGAGGCAAGGCGAGGCAACGACGGUGGGACGCAAAUAUUGCGGCACAUGAUGGACAUUGUCCCAAGGCAAAGCCGAGGCCAGUCACUGCUGUCUGAUGCCUGUUGUCAGAAUGUAUCAAAGCCAUCGGAAGGAUAUUCCUGCAAGUAA